UACAAAAAAAAAUUAGAAGGUACAUUUGAUACAUCUAAAAUCUAAAUACAAACAUGGCGGGAACUGUUGGCGCCAUUACGGGAUCCGUGUAUUUGGCGGGCAAUUCAUCUCCAUAUAAACCCACCCACAGUCUCCACCUCCAUUUUCAACAUUCCCAGAUCAUAAACUGUUCAUCAUCAAAACCAUUCAUUCCAACCAUGGCACAAAACAUCACCACCACCACCACCACCCCUGAAAUCAUGGAACCAAUCGCCAAGAUCCAAAAACUUGACCCCCAAAAUGACAACUCCACCUCUCUUUUCCGUGUUCAAAAGCUCUCCGAUAACGCCGUCUUGCCUACGAGAGGAUCCUCUCUUGCCGCCGGUUACGAUCUUUCUAGUGCAAUUAAGACAAAAGUGCCUGCAAGGGGUAAAGCACUGGUUGCUACAGAUCUAAGCAUUGCAGUACCAGAAGGAACAUAUGCUAGGAUUGCACCAAGGUCUGGGUUGGCAUGGAAGCAUUCAAUAGAUGUUGGGGCAGGUGUGAUUGAUGCUGAUUACAGAGGUCCAGUUGGGGUGAUUUUGUUUAACCAUUCUGAUGUUGACUUUGAAGUCAAAGCUGGUGACCGAAUCGCGCAGUUGAUUAUCGAAAAGAUUAUUACUCCUGAUGUUGUUCAAGUUGAUGAUUUGGAUUCUACUAUCAGAGGUGCAGGUGGCUUUGGAUCAACUGGGGUUUAAUGGGUUUAUGUUUUAACUUAUUAUAAAUGUUUAGGAGCAAGGUUGAAAAAUGAAAAUGUUAGUAUGACUAUGCUUAUGUUUGUAGCUCUACUACUUUGGAUUUGAUUUUGGUAUAUUAAUCAACCACCUUUCAUCUA